AUGUCCGCCUCGCAGGAGUCCGCCGCCGCGGCCGCGACGGCCACGGCGCCGGUCGCGGUCAUCUCGAAGACCGGCUGCCCGCACUGCAAGCGGUGCAAGGAGGCGCUGAACGACGCGGGGAUCAGGUUCACCGACUACAACCUCGGGGAGGAGCUCGACACCCUGAACGCAGUCAAGAAGGAGUCCGGAAAAACCACCGUGCCGCAGGUGUUCGUCGCCGGGAAGCUCAUCGGCGGCGCGGACGACACCGUCGCCGCGCUCGAGUCCGGCGAGCUCAAGGCCCAGAUCGACGCCGCCGGAGACACCCCCCCCCUCCCUGACUCGAUUGCCCAAUUGCUGAAAGGCGUCAAGGGCGGCAAAGCAGGCGGGAAGGCGGCGGGGCCGAUCCCGCUGCCGCCGAUCGAGGGCCUCGACGCGCAGCAGAUCCAAGCGCUGAGCGUCGCGGCGGAGGGCAUGGGCCGGCCCGCGGGCCGCGGGGGCGUGCAGCGGUCGGACAAAAAGGUGGGGGGGUUUUGCGGGACCAAGGUCAGGGGGGCGUUCACGACGGAGCAGGCGCGGCAGUGGCUCGCGGCCAACACCGAGCCCGACGUCCUCGGCAUGUUCGGGUCCCCCGCGGAGGCCCUCCAGGCGAUGGCGCGGGCGCGGCUGAUCGCGCGCGCAGACCCGUCCGCCGGCAAGAUCGACGCGGACACGCUGUGGCGUCUCAAGGCGGACGCGCCCCCGCCCGCGCUCGGCAAGCCACUCAACACCCACAUCGAGUGGGGCGCUACGUCCCGGUCCGCGGCCGAGGUCGGCGCCGAGCUGCGCAAGCGCAUCACGUCGCUGUACGACGAGUUCCUCUCCAAGGACGGCAAGCGCGUCGACUACGCCGGCAUCGCGAAGAGCGCCGCGUUCGCCACCUACGUAGACGCGACCGCGGAGCUCCAGGCAGUCGACCCAGCCGCGCUGAGCCGCGAGGCGCGCAUCGCGCUCUUCACGAACCUCUACAACGCGAUGAUCAUCCACGGGACCGUCGCGUUCGGGGCGCCCGAGGGCACGAUCGGGCGGACGCGCUUCUUCAGCGGCAUCGUCUACAACGUCGGGGGGGGGAGUAUUCCUGCGGUGGUGGUGUCCCCGCUCGACCCGCGGAUUCACUUUGCGCUGGUGUGCGGCGCCAAGUCGUGCCCGCCGAUCAAGGUGUUCAGCGAGGAGAACCUCGACGCGGGGCUGCAGGCCGCGGGGGAGGCCUUCUGCGAGGGCGAGGUGGAGCUGUACCCUGACCGGGGCGUGGUCCGGCUGAGCAAGAUUUUCAAGUGGUACGCCAAGGACUUCGCGCCGAACCAGACGGACCGCCUGCGGUACAUCGCGGGCUUCCUGCCGCCCGACCGCAAGGCGGCGCUGCUGGGGAUGCUGCAGCGGGGGGGGGUCACGGUGGAGUACAAGGAGUACGACUGGGGGACGAACGACUAG